AUGGCUUCUUCGUCGCUGAAAAGCACACGAAAAACCUACAGUUUCGAGGAGCGAGAAAUAUUGAUAACGUUGAUAAACAAAUACGAGGACAUCGAGGAAAAGAAAUCUGAUCCUGUAUCAAUGUGCAAACGGAAGUCGGCUUGGUCCCAACUUGCAGACGAAUAUAACUCGCUGGUAGGUCCUCAAAGCGUACGUUCUGCUGUGCAAUUAAGACGCUGCUGGGAAAACAUGAAAGCUUGCAAACGUAAUCGAGAAGAGAAAAAGUUACGAACUAUUUCGAAAAGUUUCUGUCAAUUAUCCAAGGACCAUGCGCGCUCGAAAUGCUGGGAAAGCAGGACUCCUUUGUCAGAAGUUGCGAUACCAACCGGAACCGUGGGAUUGCCCCCAAAUGUGGUAUUCGAGCCAAAGGAAUCGGAACCGUUCACUCUGCAGAGCGUUUGCCCUUUGAAACCCUCGAAACAGAACUCGAGUGAGGAAAAUAACUGUAAAGAUUCAGAAUCAAUUUACAAUAAAGUUAAUUCGAAUCCAUCAUCGCACGGAUCGAUGAUCGACGGUUACGAAAAAUCGACGAAACGAAUCGAUACACCUGUUGUCGAAAGAAUGGAUAAAGAAAACACCCCGGAAAGGAGUCGUUUGAUUUUUAAGUCGAACGCGACGCAAACGUUUAUGUCACCCUCGAUGAUUCACGAGCAACCACGUAAAGUGAGGAGAUCUCUGCACAGAGAGGAGGAAUUGCACGUGUUGGCUCUUUCGGAGGCGCAGAUGAAGGUUGACAUCGCGGCCAUGUUGAAGGAGGAGGCCAGGAUUAAACUGGAAGAGGCUCAUUAUCGUAAAGAGGAGGCCAGGCUAAGAAUGCUUCUUUUUACGUACAAGCUUGAUAGAAUAAAAGAAGAUUGA